AUCGGUGCUUCCCUAAGAAGUGCAACAUCAGACUCUGACUUCUGUUCAGCAAAUGGACUGUAUUUCUUUCUCUCUGCUUUACUGUUUGCCUUCUGCAAGGAUGCAUAUUCGUGCAUUCCUGUGUUUUGUGAUGUUGGAUCAGAAUGUGUGUACGCUCUUGGCCGCCUGCUGGGCACCGAGUGUCUUCAUUUGUUUGCCAAGGGCAAUCCUGGGAGGCCCAGGGUGGAUCUGAGUCACAACACUUUAGCCACACUGAGCUGCCACUUGUUAUGUUUUCCAUUCGCCCUGGACCUGCCUCCACGCACCAUGUCCACAGUUCUCCAGUUGUACGACAGCUGUGGUAUUGUUACAAGCCUCCUGCAGGUAAUUCAAACCCUUCCUCUUCAUCUACUGGAGCUGCCUCUCUCCCUUCUGAGCCGCUUGCUCCUGUGUGAUCCC